AUGCGUUUGUAUGAUAGACCUUAUGAGUGUGACAGCUGUGGAAAAAGAUUCACGCAACUUGUAAAUAUGAAGAAACACAGGAUUGUGCACACUGGCAAAAAGCCUUUCAUGUGUGAUAUAUGUGGGAAAAGUUACAGUGAUCGUGAAAGUGGAAAACAAUACGAGUGUUCUGUGUGUAGGCGGAGAUUCACUCAACUUGGCAAUUUGAAGAGCCACAGAAUGAGUCAUACUGGUGAGAAACCUUACACGUGUCACGAGUGUGGGAAAAGUUUCAGCCGCUUUGGAAAUAUGAGCAGACACAGGAUCUUGCAUACGGAUGAUAACCUCAUGAAAAAGUGUCAGGAGUGUCCCACUUGUGGGAAAAGAUUCAGACACCUUCCCACUAUGAAGAUGCACAUUAUGUUACAUACUGGUGAAAAACCUCACGAGUGUGAGAAAAGAUUCACUGAACUUGGAACUAAGGAGAAACACAUUAUGACACAUACUAAUGAAAAACUCACAA